CCCGCGCCCUGAGCGCCGCGGACACGCGCCGGCCGGCCCGAGGGCAGCCGCGAGCGCACGCGGGGCGCCCCCCGCGAGUUGCUGCUCUCCAGGGUCACCGGGCCGCUGGCCGGGGCGGGGGCGGCGGGGCGAACCAUGGCUUUGAAGGACACGGGCGGCGGCACCAUCCUCCCCAUUAGCGACAUGGUGUCGGCGUCCAGCUCGCCCGGCGGAGCGUCGGCCACCGGCGUCGCCGCCGCCCCGGGGCCCUGCGCGCCCUCCCCCUUCCCCGAGGUGGUGGAGCUGAACGUGGGGGGCCAGGUGUAUGUGACCAAGCACUCGACGCUGCUCAGCGUCCCGGACAGCACUCUGGCCACGAUGUUCUCCCCGGCCAGCCCCCGGGGCGGCGUCCGACGCCGCGGCGAGCUGCCCAGGGACAGCCGCGCGCGCUUCUUUAUCGACCGCGACGGCUUCCUCUUCAGGUACGUGCUGGACUACCUGCGCGACAAGCAGCUGGCGCUGCCCGAGCACUUCCCCGAGAAGGAGCGGCUGCUGCGCGAGGCCGAGUACUUCCAGCUGGGCGACCUGGUCAAGCUGCUGGCCCCCAAGGUCACCAAGCAGAACUCCAUCAACGACGAAGGCUGCCAGAGCGACCUGGACGACAACGUGUCGCAGGGCAGUAGCGACGCGCUGUUGCUGCGGGGGGCGGCGGCGGCGGCGACAGCGACAGCGACAGCGGCGACAGCGGCGGCUCCCGCACCCUCGGGGGCCGGAGCGCCGGGCGGCGGGCAGCGCGCGGCGCCCGACAAGCGUUCGGGCUUCCUGACGCUCGGCUACCGCGGCUCCUACACGGCUGUGCGCGACAACCAGGCGGACGCCAAGUUCCGGCGGGUGGCGCGCAUCAUGGUGUGCGGGCGCAUCGCGCUGGCCAAGGAGGUCUUCGGGGACACGCUCAACGAGAGCCGCGACCCCGAUCGCCCGCCCGAGAAGUACACGUCGCGCUUCUACCUCAAGUUCACCUACUUGGAGCAGGCUUUCGACCGCCUGUCCGAGGCCGGCUUCCACAUGGUGGCGUGCAACUCCUCGGGCACGGCCGCCUUCGUCAACCAGUACCGCGACGACAAGAUCUGGAGCAGCUACACCGAGUACAUCUUCUUCCGACCACCUCAGAAAACAGUAUCGCCUAAACAAGAACAUGAAGACAGGAAACAUGAUAAUGUCGCCGAUAAAGGAAGUGAAAGUGGUACUUCCUGUAAUGAGCUCUCCACAUCUAGUUGUGACAGCCAUUCAGAAGCCAGCACGCCCCAGGACAACGCACCCAACGCUCAGCAGGCAACAUCCCACCAGCCUAACACUUUAACAUUGGAUCGUCCUUCCAAAAAAGCCCCCGUGCAAUGGAUGCCCCCACCAGACAAACGCAGAAACAGUGAACUAUUUCAGACUCUCAUCAGCAAGUCCCGAGAAACAAAUCUUUCCAAAAAGAAAGUCUGUGAGAAGCUCAGUGCGGAAGAAGAAAUGAAAAAGUGCAUUCAGGAUUUUAAAAAGAUCCACAUCCCUGAUUAUUUUCCGGAGCGCAAACGUCAAUGGCAAUCCGAACUGUUACAGAAGUAUGGGUUAUAGUAAUGAUCACAUGCUUGCAGUAUUUCAAUGAAAUGUCAAUGUUUACUAGUGUCACCGCCUGACUAUAGUCCAAACAAUGGUCAGUGUGAUUCUCGCUGCUCUUUUUUUGUGUGAACAGUGGAUGUGGGACAGUAUUUUCUUUCCACUUCAUUUGAUUCCUGUUUAUAGAUAAUAUGAUUUUAAAAUGCUGAAUCAAAAUGUUACAUAUGAUUCAUACAUUUGGCAAGAAUGAAAGUAAAAUAUGCAUGACCAAGAAUCUUAGAAUCUUGAUUUUAAACUGUGGUCAACUGGUUAUGUCUCUCAUUUUGUAAUACUAAUAAUAGAUCAUCUUAUCACUUCAAUUAAAAUGACACUAUGGAAGAAGUAACAUCAAGUUCAAUUUUAGAUGAUGACAUUAGGACCCAAAUCCAAAGCUGUUUAAAUGUUAAUGCAAUAAACAACUAUUAUUUUUGCAUGAGUACAAUGUUACAAAUAGAUCACAAGGCAUAGGGAAGAUCUAUUUGUUGCUUGGAAGAAAAAAAUAAAAAUGAAGCCCAAAAAAUGUUAUAGACAAAGCCUAUAAAUGUACCCUGAAUAUUUUUUGUUCUGGAUUUGUGAAUUUUCUGUGUAUGUAUAUGGUAUUCUGAUGUUAAGAUGGUGUAAAUAUGCCUUAUAUUGUAUCAUGGCACUCGCAUUCAUCUAUUAGUGUUAGUCACGAUUAUUUCUAUAGAAUGAGUUCUUACAUCAGGCUGUGAAAAUUGGCAUAAUGAUACUCUGAAAGAUCUUAUUAUCAUGUUAAUCAAAAUAACAAGGAACUAGUAAAAAGCUUUAUAUAUGUAUUUUAAAAAGCAAAAUACAUUAGAAUUACUUGAUUUCUAUGGACUCUUCUUUAAAUAUAUUCAUUUGUUAUGUAGUCUUUGAUUUUUCUUUAAAAUCCCUAUCUGGAAAAUUAGUGAUGACAAGUUAGAGUUUUAGCAUAUCCCAAAUGGAGUGUCAGAUCUAGGUAGCCUUAGUGUUGACUAAUAAAUUCUUUGCUUACAAAAGAAAAAGACAUCAUCUGAGAAUGCACUAAAAUUUCAUUUUAACUGACAAGAUAAUUGAAAUCUUCUUGGGAAAACAAUUAGGAAAUUGACUGUUAUAAAUUAAGAGAUGAAAAUGUCGAUAAAAGCUAAAUGGUCAGCAGGAAUGACAAGAGCUUUCUUCUGGGUUGCAUGAGUGGAAAGAAACUUUCUUCUAUUAGAAGUCACGUCAUCUUCCAUUCACCUCACUGUCUCCCCGGAAACACACAUCACAAAUUCCAUUAGAGAGAAGCAUAAGAGAGAGUAAAAAUUUCAAAAGUCAUAGAGCUCAGUUCCUCUAAUUACUUGAAGUCGUAGCUGAAUACCUUUUAUGAUAUUUCUCUCAGAAUAGUAUAGGGAACUAGGCAUUAUUAACUUAAAUUUUAAAAAUAUGCCUUCAUGAUAUAAUUUUAGAACUUUCAUUGUACUAGAAUUUAAAAUAAUGUCUACAGUAGACUUAAAGAAAACUGAGAUACAUGGUUAACCUUAAAUUAUUUUAUAGGCUUUAAGAAAAAUAGUUUUCUAAUUCUAUCUUUUGGUUUUGGAAGACUGUUGGUUACAAUAUGGUUUGAUGAAGCUUCAACAGACUGGUUAAACUGAUAGAAAUAAUAUGUUGAUUAAGUUGUCCUGUUCAAGUAUCUGUAAGUUGUAAUAAAGGAUAAUAAUAGGGAUAUUAUUCAUAGCGAUAAUGAAGGAUAAUAAACAAUAUCAUAGUGAUUAUUUAAGUGAGUUGAUUGAAACAAAAUGUUAUCACCACUCUUGGAAACAAAGGGACAAAAGAAGUUAGUAUUCUUAUCAUAAUUCUGGAAACAGAACUUUCAAAUGAAGAAUCUGGAGUACAUUAAGUUAUUCAAUAAUAGGCAAUAAUAAUAUUAGCCAAAAACUGUCAAUUACUCUCAAAUCAGGGCAAAAGUCUAUGUGGAGGUAUUUUUCCAUAUUACCGUUUUUUAAUUCCUUACCAAUGCUUUCUUAUUACAGUCUAAGUGGAAGCCAAUUCAGCAGGAACACUGGAAUUUGAUCUCUAAAAGUGAUAUACCAGUUAUAAAAAAGAUAAUAGUGUAAAACAGGGGAUGGAUCUGAAGAAAAUCUUGCAUUUGCUCUAUAUUUUUCAACACAACAUUUCCAAUGGAAUCUCUCUGACAAUAAUUUGGUAAAAUGUAGACGACUUGAGACCUUUAAUUCUCUAUGCAGUAAAAAAAGUGAUGUCAUUAAGAUUUCCAUGGGCCAGAGAAAGAAGAGAGAGAAAGAGAGAGAGAGGAAGAGAAAGAGAAAGAGAGGGAGAGAGAGAGUACAGUGGGUCAGGUGCUUCACUUGCACUCUUCUGAUCCACAUUUGAUCCUUAGUACCACAAAUAGUCCCCAAACCUCACCAGGAGGUAUCUCUGAGCACAAUGGUAAGCCCUGAAUGCUACAGAGUGUGCCUCCAAAAGAAACCAAAAGAAAACAAAAACCUCAUUCUUGGUAAAUUAGAACCCUUUAAAAAAAUGAUCUUUGAACGUCUAGUACAGUGAGAGGUAGUACAGUGGGUAGGGUUCUUGUCUUGCAUAAUACUGAUUCCUGAGUUCGAUCCCCAGUGCCCAGAUGACCACCAAGAGUGAUUCUUGAACCCAGAGCCAGGAGUAAACCCUGAGCACAGUGGGGUGUGGCUGAAAACAAAAAUAACAAUAAUGAUCUAUUGAACAUUUGCAAUACAUGAAGCAUUUUCUUCAAAUUAUGUACAUGUUAUAGAAAUAAAAAUUACCAACUGUUGCCCUUGGAAAUAAACUUUUGUUCUGAUUAGCCAAAACCACUGAAUGAUCAGAACCAGUUUAACUCCUAAUAGUUUGGUGCACUGGAAUGGGGGAGAGAGUUGAGUUACAGAGGCGGUAGUUAGAGAAAUGAUUCUUGCCAAAAGAUAUGGCAACCUCAAAACUUAAAAAUCAGCCAAUCUAGAGCAAGUACGUAAAAUUCUUCUUCCAGAGUUUUGGGAGAUAAAAUAGUUUUACCAAAACUCAAAAUAUUGAAGGUUAAACUACACACAGAGUGCUUUGUUUGCUAUACAUUAAAUAC